AUGAAUCCCACUGAUCAAGCUCGAAAAGAAGCACGUAAACGUGAACUUAAAAAGAAUAAAAAACAACGUAUGCUUGUACGUCAAGCGGUAUUGAAAGGAAAAGAUCCAAAGCAUUUGAUACAAGAAAUGGAACAUAUUGAUCGAAUGGAAUAUGAUCCUGUCAAUCCUCCACCAUAUAAUAUCAAAGUGUUACAGGAAAAACGUAAAAAAAUUCGUGAUACAUGGGAUCGUGUAUUAAGAUUAUAUUCGAAAGAAGAGCCACAUCAAGCUACUCAAAUGGUUUCAAUGCAAGCCGAGUAUGAGAAAACACGCGCACAACUAAUAUCAUGGUUUGAAUCUGUGAAAGAAACACAACGUGUUCUUGUUGAUGAAAUACCGUUGCCCGAGCUUCCAGCAGAUUCGACAAGUAAUAUCCCAAUGCCUGGAGAAAUUCCAUUACCGAAUCAAUUCGAUAACCAACAACAACCACCACGAAGUAUUUUAAAGCACAAACAAUCUGACACUACUGAUCAACCACAACAAAUUAUCAUCAAUCGAAAGCCUCCUGGUCCUCCCCCAGGCAUACCACCACUUCUGAGUGAUAAUGAAGACGAUGAUGAUAUUGAAAAUAAUGAAGCAUUAACAAAUUCGUCAACAUCGAAUGAAAGAAGACGUAUUCGAUUUGUUGAUCCACCACCAAGUAGUAAACGAAAAGAAAAUGAAAGUGAUGCAUAUGAAUUGGAAAACUUAGAAUUUCCUUCAAUAUCAUCUUCAAGUCAACCUUACACUUCGACCACAGCAAACACGUCGAAAUUAGUGUUUCCAAUACCACCGUUUCCUCCACCCCCAGGAAUGCGAUUACCGCCACCACCGCCUCCUUAUUUUCCUCCUGGACAUGUACCCCCAGGUAUACGUUUGCCGACAAGACCAUUUCCUCCAGGCAUGCAACAGCCCCCUAAACUUGCUCGACAGCAGCAUUCUUCUACUUCAUCGUCAUCAAAUCAACCAAAUGUGUUCAGUGCUCCGCCAAGUUUGAUUAAUAAACCAACUACCUCAACUUCGACGAUAUCAGCAGCAACUCCAUCAUCUACUAAAAAUCAUAUGACCAUUGAAGCAAAACCAGUUAUCAGAGCUCGACAGGAAGUAACAAAGUUUGUUCCAACAGUGUUAAAAGUAAAACGACCUGGUAAGAAACAGGUUGAUCCACCUAAAACGCCUUAUGAUAAUUCAAUGGUGAUGAAAGCAAGAAUGGCCAAUGCAGCGAUGGUUGGACAUCUAACUAUUGGAUCAACAGAUGAUGCGUACGAUACAUUUAUGAAAGAAAUAUCUCAACUAGGAUAA